AUGGCAAAUGAAGACAGUUCAAUUCCCAGCUUGGUCGUUGAGAAAUCAGAAGUUGUUCUAGUGAAACCCUCAAAGCCAACACCUGUUGUCUCUCUGUCUCUCUCCACCAUCGACAACAAUCCUAACUUCGAAACCAUCGUCCAAAUCAUAUGCAUCUUUGCACAUAAUCCCUACCUCAAAGGUCAAGACCCGGUUUCUCUUCUCCAGCAUGGCCUCUCUCGUGCCCUUGUCUAUUACUACCCUCUCGCCGGAAAACUUCACCGAAAAUCAGAAGACAAUAGACUUGAGCUGAACUGCAAAACCGGAGAUGGAGUCCCUUUUAUAAGAGCAACCUCCACGUACACUCUCUCUUCUCUCAACUAUUUGGAGGGCACUGAUCACUUUGACGCAUCCCACCAACUUGUGCCUUGUUACGAACCUGUGAAAGGCUGUGAGGGAUACGAUCCUCUGGCUCUACAGGUCACCAUGUUUGCUUGUGGAGGAAUGACUAUUGGAAUGGCUCACUCUCACGCCGUCUGUGAUGGGUUUGGAGGGGCUCAGUUUUUCGGAGCAAUGAUGGAGCUUGCCUUUGGGAAGACCCAACCCACCGUCAUACCCGUAUGGAAUAGAGAAAGGCUCACCUUUAACAACAUUAGCGAUAUUAAUUAA